UGGGGCACAUCUCCAAAGAAACAUUCAAAGAAAUCUAAUCAACACUGAUAAUGUCUGCCCACACAAGAUUACAUCAAAGAUAAUGGCAUUUGAGGGGACAUAAUACAUUCAAACUGGCACACUCAUCUUGCUUGUCUGGUGUUCCUGACAUACAGCACAAGUCCACAUGUUUGAGGAAAUCAAUAAAACAACCAGUGCAAGAUGGCCCACGGCACUCCAGUUCAGAGCACAGACUGGGGGGGCAGCCGCCUGGCCUCAGAUCCUCACUGCACCACUUCCUAGCUCUGUGCCCUCGGUACCUCAUCGACACAAUGGUGAUGAAGACUCGACCCCAACCCAGGGGCUCACAGUCUCUCUUUAUAGGGCAUCUUUUAUGACCAAGACUGUCCAGUACCAAAAUGAGCUACAUAAAUUCCUAAUCUGGGAUACAGCUGGACAAGAACGAUUUCGUGCCUUGGCACCAAUGUACUACCGUGGGUCGGCCGCAGCCAUAAUUGUUUAUGAUAUCACAAAAGAAGAGACAUUUUCAACAUUAAAAAACUGGGUAAAAGAGCUUCGCCAGCACGGCCCACCUAAUAUCGUAGUUGCCAUUGCGGGAAAUAAGUGUGAUCUUAUCGACGUAAGAGAAGUCAUGGAAAGAGAUGCCAAGGACUACGCCGACUCCAUCCAUGCAAUUUUUGUAGAGACCAGCGCGAAAAAUGCUAUAAACAUAAAUGAACUCUUUAUAGAAAUUAGUCGAAGAAUUCCGUCCACUGACACCAACCCGCCAUCUGGCGGUAAGGGCUUCAAACUCCGAAGACAACCUUCAGAGCCAAAGCGAAGCUGCUGUUGACCAGCCGCAGCCCCUCAGACUUGGUGAAGUAGGUGGUCCUGGAAGUUAACCGGGGGGCUGAGACCCCCGCCGCCAGUCUGCACCGGUCUUGGGUUGUCUUUGUGCUAAGAGGAUUGACAGAAAUUGACCAGCUCUGGUCUCGCUCAGAAGACUGCAGCAGUGAUGUUUCGGUCUUCGGACUCCUGUUGGGUAAAGAAUCUCUGGUGCAUGGAGGGACUGCAUUGCUGGUUUUUGACCUUGCUGAAAAGGAAUGUAUAAUUGUACGGAUGGUAGGAUUAAAUUGUUGAGUAGUUUUGUAAUCAAGAUUGUAUGUAACAUUUGUAAAGGGAAAAUUAGCACUUUUGUGGUUCUUGAAGGGAAAAGGAAAAAACUUUGUGGACAUUAUGAUUUCCUUGGCUUCCCAUUACCACUGUUAGAGGGAGUUAGACCAUUUAAAAUGUUGUAGAAUAUUGAAAGUGGAGAGAUGACAAUUAUUAUUUGAAACUAAAAUGGGUUAUUGAUAGGAGCGAUGGAAAGGAUUUCAUCCUCCUACCAUCUCUGAAGCACUCACUUUUCAUUGCAGAUACUAGUCAUGGAUACAUAUAGUAAAUGAGCAACAAAAACAGCAGAUGCCUAGCUCACCCUUGGUUUGCAUUAUGAGCUUGUGGCAUGAAUGUGUAACCAAACACAUUAUUGGCACCUUUUUUAAGCGCUCACGAUCAAGAUGGUGGUGAUAGGGAAGCUGCCUGGAAUAAAUUAAAUUUCCUAUGUUCUAAACUGACUGGCCAUGAUUCUUAAAAACUGAACAAAGAAAGAAAAGAAAGUGGUGUAGAUGCUGUCAAUUUUUUAUUUAACCCAAAUAUUUUGUGGGAAAAACAAUUAUCUGUUGCUUAGCAUAUGUAAAGUUGUAGUCUAUAUUUAUGAGACCAGUGCUUAAAGUAUUAUAAAUUAUGUAAAUAUAUUAAUAAAUUCUAAGUUUCAUUCAGUACUCCACUUAAUCUUGCAGCCAGUCUUGCGUCUGCCCACCCAUUUUUCAGCCUGUCCACAGGACACUCUCUUUGAAGCACACUUGUGUUGUGCGAAAGCAGAGAGCACUCAGCGCACAGUCUUUAAAGAUUUCUCUGUCUUCCUUCCCACCCACCCUCCUUCCUUCCAAGUCCCAUCUGGAAGUCAUAGUAAAAACAUAUGCCACCUUGGCAAACUUGACCAAUCCUUGCUAGCCUUGCAGUAAAAGAAACAGCUCCAAGCUCGAGUCCUUUACCUGGCCUUGGAAAUCAGUUUCUUUUAGCAUUUGCAGCAACCUCGGACCAACUGUUUUAAAGGAUCUUUCCUUGUUAACAAUUUAGCUUACCUAUCUGUUCCUUUAUUUUCCCCCACCUCUGUUAGUGGUUCACACUCUUUUCCCUCAGGGAGCCUAAUGAGGUUUUUAAUAUGAUCUAAAAAUAAAGCACUGAAGUGAAGUUGGUGAAAAUUCAUUCCUGGUCUAAUUUGGCACCCUUCCAACCUGACUGUUGUAGGGGAAGGAAAUUUACAAGAUUAAAUAGGAAAGGAAACAGCUUGAAUUUCAAACUAAAUUGUGUUUGCACAGCUAUCCUUAAACUGAACAGUUGAAACUUUUAGAAAUAAUUAUUUCUUCAUGCACCCACUUGAUAUGGAUAGGUUUUAAUGGGAAAAUUAUAACUCAGAUUAAGUAAAAAACAUUCCCUUUUCCCUGUUGUAUAUCUUAAGCAUUUGAAGUUGUUUUCUUCUCCUGUUGGAAUCAUGCAGAAAGAAUGUAGCUAGUGAAAAUUCUAAUGUUGUUACAUUUAACAUCAGUGUGGCUACUUUAUCCCCAGCAUCUUGCUUCUUUCCUAACAUUGAGCUAACAAGCUUUAUGGGAAAGCGUGUACUUCCAUGGGCUGGGCUCUUCCUACCUGACAGUGCUUUGACUUUAUUUCAUGUGUAUCCAGAUGGAUCCAGGGCAUAUGGCCACCGCCCUGGUAUGUCCCAAGCAUUCUCACUGCUGGGCCUCCAUCUCCACGACAACAAAAUAAAAACAAAGAUUGCCUGGCUCAUCACCAAAACAGCGAUGCGUGUGUGGCCCUUUCUGGCUUAUUUUGCCAAAAAUUAUGCAAGUCAAAGACUCUCACAGUUUUCCACCAAACACACCAGUUGAUGUUGAUGAUUUCAUGGUGUCUCGUGCACCGGCCAGGGCAAUGUACCUCAGUGUCUCCUCUGCAGGGGGAGAUGAUAACGCAUCCGAACAUGUUUCAUCUCAUUGUGACAUUUAGUCCAGCAUGGGUAGACCUCUUCAGCCGUUUGCAGCUGAUUUCUCUUCGGGAUUUCUCAUACUCCCUCCCAUAUGCACAGUGACUCUGUUUUGUUAUAGCCGCAUAUUUUAUUAAUAGAAUGAAAGACCUACAGUUUGUGCCACACUGCUCUGCCACAUGUGUUUCUGGGGCCUCUUCUCUUCUCCCUUCUUCAUCAGUCUGUCCAAGAAACUGACCGGGCCCUGUUUCUCAUGUAGUAGAUUUUUUCCUUAAUGCUUAAUAACAAGAA